UAGGAAGUUAAGGGAGUGAAGAAAAAAGAAAGAGGGCAAAAUUAGAAAUUAGGGUUCUUCAGUGACGACGACAAGGGCCAACAGCUAAAUCAUUGGAUUAACUGCUUGGACUUGGAGAGUCCUAUGGACCGUAUCAGUUUGUUGCCCAAUGAUUUCCUCUUGCAGAUACUUUCAUUGCUUCCUACAAAAGAUGUCUUGAACACUAGUGUUCUGUCAAAGCGAUGGAGGAAUCUUUGGAAGUUGGUGCCUAGACUCCAGUACAUCUACUAUGAUGAGGAUGCUGAACCGUGGAAGUUUUUUCUAUUUGUGGACAGGUCUUUGCUAUUAAACACGGCUCCAGUCUUAGAGAGUUUGCAUUUCAAGUUUGUUCGGAAAUGCAGGGACGUAGAUAUUGGGUUUUGGGUUAGGAUAGCAGUGGAACGAGGUUUGCGUGAGCUUGAUUUUGAUUAUAGUCAUAUGAUUGAUGAGCCUAUCAGAAGAUUGCCUCAGAGCUUGUUCACAUGUGGAACACUUGUGGUGUUGAAGUUAAAACAUGUAUCUCUUGUGCAUGUUCGAUUUUUUGUAUGUUUUCAGCUGCUCAAAACGCUGCAUCUAAAAUGUGUGAUUUUCCUAGACGAUGAAUCUCCUAAGAAGCUUUUAUCAAGCUGUCCUGUUCUUGAAGUCUUGGUCUUGGAUCGAGCUGGCGAUGACAAUGUGAUUAGUUUCUCUGUUAAGGUGCCUUCACUACAGAGAUUUGUCUAUGAGUCAGGAUAUGAAUCUGAGGAGUUGGUGCUGAAUACGCCUUCUUUAAAGUACCUAAAGACUAGAGAUUUUGGUGAUAAUUGUAUGAUUGAGUAUAUGCCUGAGAUCGUGGAAGCACAUGUCCAUGUUAACUGUUGCAACAUUGAAGAUAUCCUCAUAUCUCUUAAAUCAGUCAAGCGCCUCUCAUUAUGUUCAAUAUCAGAGCCUCAGUUUCCUACUGGUAGUAUCUUUCAUCAGCUUGUGCAUUUGGAGCUCUGCACUAGUGAAACAUAUUGGGAGGUACUUAUGUCUAUGCUCCAACAUUCCCCGAAACUCCGUUCUCUCAAGCUUAACAAGAUCCAUGACAAUCUUUCUGGAGGUCAUAUUUUUCACUGGGAGGAACCGAGCACUGUUCCUGAAACGUUGAUGUUCGUUCUUGAGACUUUAGAGUGGAGAAACUACAGAGCAUGGAAGAAGGAAAGAGAUCUCGCAACGUAUAUCUUGAAACAUUCAAAGCGUUUAAAGAUUGCGAUUUUCUCCUCGGAGACGACCAACUUGAGAGUAAAAUAUCAUCUCAUCACGGAAUUGGCGCGUUUGUCGAGGGGUUCAGCAGAAUGUGAGCUAGUGUUUGGUUAGAUUUGAUGAAGAGAAUUGUUGAACAAUAGGAUAAAAAACUUAUGUUUGUUCAAAGAUAACUUAGUCAGUUUUAACUCUAAGGCGACCUAAUAGGCCUAAGCCCAUUGAUAUAUAACUAUACCAUUCAAGUUA